AUGCCGCGCAACGUUUGCGUCACCGCCGUUGACGGCCAGACCGGCUUCCUCAUCGCCGAGCUCCUGCUCACCCACCCCUUCUCUCGCAAGGUCGACUCCGUCGUCGGCCUGACCCUGAACCCGUCCUCCCCCAAGGUCAAGGAGCUCGAGUCCCUCGGAGCCAAGAUCGUCGAGCAUGUCCCCGGCCGUGAGCGCCCGCUGGUCAAGACCCUCAAGGACACUGGCUGCGACGCCAUCUGCAUGGUCCCCCCCGCCCACGCCGACAAGAUGGAGAUCUCUACCGAGCUCGUCAGCGCUACCAAGAAGGCCGGCAUCCCGAACGUCUGCCUCAUCAGCUCCGUUGGUUGCGACUACGCCGAUCCCGCCAGGCAGCCUCGUCUCCGCGAGUUCAUCGAUCUUGAGAGCAUGGUUCUGGCCGCCAAGGGUGACGCCUCUACCAGCACCGGCCAUUCUCCUUGUGUCAUUCGUGCCGGCUUCUACGCCGAGAACAUCCUUCUCUACGCGCCUCAGGCGCAGAAGGAGGGUGUUCUUCCCAUCCCCAUCGGCAAGAACCACAAGUUCGCGCCAGUUGCGCUCGGAGAUGUCGCUCAGGUCGCAGCUCACGUAAUGUCGGGCCAUGGUUCCCACGGCUUUGACGACAAACACCGUGGCCAGAUGAUGGUUGUUACGGGUCCCAUGCUCUGUGCCGGAGAGGAACUUGCGACUGCUGCCAGUAACGCCCUCGGAGUCAAGAUGGAGUUCGAGGACAUUUCCCAGGCUGAGGCUAAGAAGGUUCUGCGUUCGCAGUCGGACAUUGACCAGUCGGAGCAGGAGUACCUGCUCGAGUACUACAGUCUGGUCCGCGAGGGCAAGACUAACUACAUCUCCACCACAGCGUUCCACGACGUCACCAACGGCCACCCGACCCAGCCGGUUGACUUCUUCAAGAUGUACGAGGACGAGUUCAGACCCGCUAAGAGAGCCAAGAAGAACCAUCACUGA